UGAAUAGAGGAAGUGUGUGAAUAAAGGAAAGAGACAGAGCGACUCAGUGGACUCGGUGAAAAAGGAAGUGUGCAUUUGUGUGUGUGUGUGUGUGUGUGUGUGUGAACACAGUGAGACGCUCAGAGCUCCAUGUGGAUCAGUAAUGCCGGAAUGGAGAGAGACAGAAUUUCAGCACUGAAGAGGUCAUUUGAGGUCGAGAACGUGGAUUCGUCUUCGCACUCUUCCUCUCCUCACAUGCGUCGCUCUCCAUCCAUCCAACGCAGCACCGUCUCUCCGUCCAUUAGCCGCCAACAUGAGCUUGGUGCCAACGGGGCAAUUAAACCCAAACCACAGGCUCCUGAAGCUUCAACACGUCGUGCCGAGGUCAGCAUGGGCAUCAAUGCCAAACCCCUGGACAGCUCACACAGUGCUGCCAUCUCCCGCUUCAGCCUGAGGAAGCCUGAUGUUUUGGGCCACAACAAGAUACCAGAGGCACAGAAACACUCGGUCAUGUUCAGCAGCACCGCUUCAGUGGUCAGGACACCGUCCAAUGCCAGCGCGAGACAACUGUCUGAGAGUACUGUCAGGAGGAAUGAACUGCCAGAGAUCAGCAUCAGCAAGCCACCUGAGGUCAGAGGUCAAGAGAAUCAUCAACAUUCAUCUGCGAUCACAAUGAGGUGCCCGUCCCCCAGCCACGCCGGACGCAAAUCGCCAAGCAAUGAUGGACACAGAUUAGAGAUCAGCACCGGUUUCCACGGCAACAUGGCAGACAAAGGGGCGGACAAGGGUGCAGACAAGGGGGCGGAGCUUGGCUAUGUGGGCAUCGACGCCAUUUUGGAGCAGAUGAGGAGGAAAGCGAUGAAGCAGGGCUUCGAACUCAACAUCAUGGUAGUGGGUCAGAGCGGUCUCGGUAAGUCCACUCUCAUUAACACUCUGUUCAAGUCCAAAGUGAGCCGGAGGUCAGUGAUGCCGAGCGACGAGGAGAGAAUUCCUCAAACCAUCGAGAUCAAAUCCAUUAGCCAUGACAUUGAAGAGAAAGGUGUGAGGAUGAAGCUGACGGUGAUCGACACACCAGGAUUCGGAGAUCAAAUCAACAAUGAGAACUGCUGGAUGCCGAUCAUGAAGUUCAUUAAUGAGCAGUACGAGACGUUUCUGCAGGAGGAGGUCAACAUCAGCCGGAAGAAGAAAAUUCCAGACACACGUGUGCACUGCUGCAUUUACUUCAUCCCACCGACUGGACACUGUUUGCGGCCAAUUGAUAUCGAGUUCAUGAGACACCUGAGUAAAGUGGUGAACAUUGUUCCUGUGAUCGCUAAAGCUGACACACUAACGCUGGAGGAGAGAGACUUCUUUAAAAAGAAGAUCAGGGAGGAUCUGCGAGCCAAUGAGAUUGAGGUUUACCCUCAGACGGAGUUUGAUGAGGACGCAGAGGACAGAAUAAUCAACGAGAAGAUUAGGGACAUGAUCCCCUUUGCAGUGGUUGGCAGUGAUCAGGAGUACCAGGUGAACGGGAAGAGACUUCUGGGUAGGAAAACACGAUGGGGCACAGUAGAAGUGGAGAACGUAGCGCACUGUGAGUUUGCAUAUCUGCGGGAUUUGCUCAUCAGGACACACAUGCAGAAUCUGAAGGACAUCACCAGCAGUAUUCACUACGAGGUGUAUCGUGUCCGCCGUCUCAACGAGAGCAACACACACACCACACACUCCAACGGAGACGCCAGCGACGCGCUCACACACGAGAUGUAGACCUCCGUCUGACCUGUCCAUCUGUCCAUCACUCCAUUCCUCCACAUCAACACAUGGACUGUAGAAAUGCUGAUACAUGUCAGUGGUGUGAAAGUGAGGUGUGUGUGUGUGUGUGUGUGUGUUCAGUGUUGUAUUUCUUGCCUACUCCCUGGAUUUGCCCUUCAGAAUGAUGUCAAUCUUUUAAAAACAGUAAAAUUGUGUUAUGAUGUAACAAGGCUACCUCGCUAACGCUAACACACCCUGACUAGCUAACUCAACCCUGCCAGCUGGUUAGCCUGCUGAACAUUAUUUUGAAAUCUAAACCUGACCCAUGACUCUUAUACACAGAGAUGUUUUACUUAUCUCAGAACAACAUCUUAUCACUGAGUGAGUUAGCUGUUACUGCUAGUUAGGAAGUAACAAUAGCUAGGCUAACUAGGAUUAGCCAAAAACACCGGAUGUGAGUUAGCUAGGCGGCUAGGUACAGGAGUGUUAGCCAAUUGAAAAUGUGUCGUUAUUGUGUGUGUGUGUUAGCUAGUGAGUGUUAGCAUAGCGUCAUCAUGAUGUCAUUUUAUUCCUGUUCCAGCAGCAGGGUUUCCUUCUGUAAAGAGUGACGCGGAAGUGAGUAGUAACUGGUUGCCAUAGUAACAGUUUUCCAUUAGCAUGCCUUGAUUUCCGUCUUUGUUAGCAUUGUUUCCUGUGAUAACUUUACAACACCAAAUGAACUGAAACCUUCAAUAAAUCUUUUUUAAAUGUGUAAAAAAAAAAGAAAGCUAAAAGAAAGCACCUGGCAUCGUGCUAGCCGUGUUAUUCAUUAGCAUGCUAGCUGACAUUCUGCAAGUUCCUAGCCUCGUUAGCAUGCUUCCUGUCCGCUUCACAUACAGCGCUUUUAAACAUUUUAACUUUACACCACGUUCAUAUGGUUUGGGAGAAACUUGUUCAGAGUGUGUGUGUGUGUGUGUGUGUGUGUGUGUAUGUGUGUGUUUGUGUGUGUGU